UGUCCCGCCGGGCCAGCCCCGCGCCCGCCGCAGCCAGCCCGCCGCGCACCACCCGCCGCUCCGCGCACGGCUGUCCGCCCGCCAGCCCGGGAUGAAGGCGGCCCAGGCUGCGGGAGAGGAGGCGCCGCUGAGCGGGCGCUCGGUCAAGGUGGUCCUGGUGGGGGACGGGGGCUGCGGGAAGACCUCGCUGAUGAUGGUCUUCGCCGACGGGGCCUUCCCAGAGAGCUACAGCCCCACGGUGUUUGAACGCUAUAAUGUCACUCUGCAAAUGAAGGGUAAACCUGUGCACUUCCAAAUCUGGGACACAGCAGGGCAAGAUGACUAUGACCGCCUCCGGCCCUUGUUCUAUCCUGAUGCCAACGUCUUGCUCCUCUGCUUCGAUGUGACCAGUCCAAACAGCUUUGACAAUGUCUCCAACAGGUGGUACCCAGAGGUGACGCACUUCUGCAAAGGAGUGCCAAUUAUCGUCGUGGGCUGCAAGACGGACCUUCGCAAGGACAAGGUGCUGGUGAACAAGCUGCGGAAGAAUGGGUUGGAGCCGGUGACCUACCACAGGGGCCAUGAUAUGGCAAGGUCUGUGGGGGCAGUGACCUACCUUGAGUGUUCCGCUCGGCUCCAUGACAACGUGGAAGCCGUCUUCCAGGAAGCGGCCGAGGUGGCUCUCAGCAGUCGCAGCCGUAACUUCUGGCGGCGGAUUACCCGCAGUUUUUGCCUGGUCACCUGACUGGUUUGGAACCCACCUUGCCUCCCACUUCCCUCAGCUGGAGGAAGACCCAGGAGCUGACCGGCUCUGUUGACUGGGCUGGACCUAGUCCUCAGGCUGAGCCGGUAGAAGCACACCUCCACAGAUGGGCUCCACCGAGGCCUGGCCUCUGGACCUAGGAAUCCUGGACUGAGAAAAAAAGGUUCCCAGACCCUUAGCUCUGGAACCAUUAAUAGACUCCCUGUGCCCAAUCCUGAACUUGUAUCCUGAGUCGGGUCUGCGCAGUCUGGUUUGGCGCCACCUUGUGGCUAUUCUCUGAGCUGUCCCUCCAGGACCAGGGUUCUUGGGACCAUCCUGCCAGGACCAACACCCUGCUCCUUCCCCGGUCAUCCUAUUCAUCCCAUUGAUAAGUGUGACAAUUAAAAGGACAUCACUUGUUA